AUGGUUUCCAACCUCGAGGCGGAAACGCCUCACAACAAUUUCGAUACUAUCCUCGUUCUCGAUUUUGGCAGUCAAACCAGUCAUCUUAUCUUGCGACGUCUCCGCGCUCUCGGCGUCUUCGCUGAGCUCCUUCCGUGUACCACCAAGAUCGCCGAGUUGACAUGGAAGCCUAAGGGAAUAAUUUUCUCCGGAGGCCCUGCUUCUGUCUAUGAUAAUGAUUCUCCUCAUGUGGACCCCGCUGUUUUUGACCUCGGUGUCCCCAUUCUUGGUAUUUGCUAUGGUUGCCAGGAGAUAGCUUGGCGCAUCAACGCAAAGAAUGUUGCCCGCGGUGAAGCACGAGAAUACGGUCACGCCGACGUCAACAUCGCCCACGUAAAUAGCCAUGUCGACCGCCUUUUCGCUGGUCUCGGUGAAGCAAUGCCUGUUUUCAUGUCCCACUUCGACAAGCUAGUGAGCCUGCCUGAGGGCUUCGUGGUCAUCGGUGCCACCAAGAAUUCAGAAUAUGCCGGUAUCGCCCAUGAGGAGAAACCCAUUUUUGGUGUCCAAUUCCAUCCCGAGCUUGAACACACACCCCGCGGUGUUGAGGUUCUCCGCAACUUUGCCGUUGAUAUUUGCGGUGCUCAACCAAACUGGAAAAUGGGCGACUUCKUCCAGCUCGAAAUUGCUCGCAUUCGUGAACUCGUUGGCCCCCGCGCACUCGUUCUUGGUGCUUGCAGCGGUGGUGUGGACAGCACUGUCGGAGCCAAAUUAAUGCGUGAAGCUAUUGGAGACCGCUUCAAAGCUAUCCUUAUUGACAAUGGCUUUAUGCGUUUGAACGAGUGCGAACAGGUCAAGGAGACGCUCGAGAAACAUCUUGGCGUCAAUCUUACCGUUGUCAAUGCUGGUGAGCUUUUCAUGAGCCGUCUCGCUGGUGUUUCCGACCCCGAGAAGAAGCGAAAGAUUAUUGGCUCGACUUUCAUCGAUUUGUUUGAGCAAGAAGCUAUCAGGAUCGAGAAGGAAGUAGAGCAUACCCCCAACUCCGGCAAGGUCGAAUGGUUCUUACAGGGCACACUCUACCCCGACGUUAUCGAAUCCUUGAGUUUCCGUGGUCCUUCAGCCACUAUUAAGACUCACCACAACGUUGGUGGUCUGCCUGAGCGUAUGAUGAACGGCCAAGGCUUGCGUCUUAUUGAACCUCUCAGACUUUUGUUCAAAGAUGAAGUUAGGGCAAUUGGUCGUCAACUCGGAAUCCACGAGUCUCUUGUGAACCGUCACCCCUUCCCUGGCCCCGGCAUUGCCAUCCGUAUUCUCGGUGACUGCACCGAAGAGCGCGUGAAUAUCGCCCGUCAGGCCGACCACAUUUUCAUCACAAAGAUUAAAGAAGCUGGCCUUUACGACGAGAUCUCUCAGGCUUUUGCCGGUCUCGACACCAAUCGUAGCGUCGGUGUCUUUGGUGAUCAGCGAGUCUGGGGAUACAUUAUAAUUCUGCGCGCCGUCCGUACCAAGGACUUUAUGAGUGCAGAGGUCUUCAACUUUGACCAUACUUUCCUCGCGGAUGUUUCUCGCACCAUCUGCAACCAGGUCGAGGGCGUGUCUCGCGUCGUCUAUGAUCUAACUUCCAAGCCCCCUGGCACCAUUGAGUUGGAAUAA